AAGAAGAAGUCGCAAAAGAAGCCCAGAAGACUGUGUAGAGCAGUUUUUGCCGUCGUGCAACCUUUGAAAUGUAGCCUAUUGGCGAGUUCCUUGCGACACGUCGAACAGUUCCAGUUAUGGAUUUCGUUGAGGAUUCGGCAGCCAGCGUUUCCUUGACUGACAUGCCACAAAUGGUAGACGUGGGAACUGACGUCAGAAGAGAACCGACCAUCUCAGCUGAAGACAUAAAAACUGAACAGGAACAGGAGGAACAAGCAGACAAAGCUCCAGUCCUCUACUCUGAAGCAGAACGUUACUGUACAGACCCCGUGGUUGUGGCUCAAUUAAGGAGAGUAUCCGUGGUGCUGGAGGACUGCUGUAGAACACAAGGGCUGGAUAACAAGAACAACAGAGAUGGAGAACAGCCCAAACCCAGCAAGAAGCCUUACUCCUGCUCCAAGUGUGGCAAGACUUUCACUGAAUAUCGAAAAGCGCAGCAACAGCAGUACAAUCACACCAGAAAGAAGCUGCAUUCCUGCACCCAGUGUGACAAGAGAUUUACUCAUAUUCAAAAUCUGACAAAACAUCAGCUCAUUCACACAGGGGAAAAGCCAUACUCUUGCACCCAGUGUGACAAAAGAUUUGCUUAUAUUCAAAAUCUGACAAAACAUCAGCUCAUUCACACAGGGGAAAGACCAUACUCUUGCCCUCAGUGUGACAAGAGCUUCAACAGAAAGGACGGCCUGAAACGACACCAGCUCGUUCACAUUGAGGAAAGGCCAUUCCACUGCCUUCAGUGUGACAAGGAUUUUAAAGCACAAAAAGAUUUUGACAAACACCAACUCAGUCACAUAGAACAAAAGCCUUUCCCUUGCUCUCAGUGUGAAAGCAGUUUCGCCACCAAGAGUAGACUCAAGCAACACGAGCUCAUCCACACAGGAGAAAGACCCCACCGGUGCUCUCAGUGUGGCAAGAGUUUCUGCCAAGCGGGAGAUCUCAGACGACACCAGCUCAUUCACUCCGAGGAGAGGCCGUACCAAUGCAAUCAGUGUGACAAGGCAUUCAGAGACAAGGGACAUCUCAAUAUUCACCUACGCAUUCAUUCAGAAUACAAUUUUCUCUGCCCUCACUGUGGCCAGUUUUUCUGUCUAGAGGGACAGCUCCGCAGACACAUGCGCUCUCACACUGGAGAGAGGCCGUUCACCUGCACUCAGUGCAAUAAGAGCUUUAGACGAAAAGGUGCCCUCAUGGUACAUCAGUCCAUCCAUACAGGAAAUAAGCCACAUCAGUGCGCCGAGUGUGGCAGGGGUUUUACUCAGCAUGGAGAUCUCAAGCGACACCUGCGCACUCAUACCGAGGAGAAGCCUCACCUCUGCAUUCAGUGUGGCAAGAGCUUCAGGGAGGGAUGUCUCAAAGCGCACAUGCGACUACACACCGGCGAGAGGCCACACACGUGUGACGUAUGUGGCAAGAGCUUCACUCAGAUGGGAUGUCUCAAACGACACCAACGCACUCACACCGGAGAGAAGCCGUACCACUGCGCUCAGUGUGACAAGAGUUUCACUACCGGUGGAGCUCUCAAAAUACACGAGCGCAGUCACACAGGGGAGUGGUGCUACACCUGCUCCAGGUGUGACAAGAGUUUCUUUCAGUUGGGCCAUCUGCAAACCCAUCAGAAAGUGCACACUGAGUGCCCUACGUUCCUUGCGACACGUCAAACAGUUCCAGUUAUGGAUUUCGUUGAGGAUUCGGCAGGCAGCGUUUCCUGCACUGACAUGCCACAAAUGAUAGACGUGGGAACUGACGUCAGAAGAGAACCGACCAUCUCAACUGAAGACAUUAAAACUGAACAGGAACAGGAGGAACAAGCAGACAUAGCUCCAGUCCUCUACUCUGAAGCAGAACGUUACUGUACAGACCCCGUGGUUCUGGCUCAAUUAAGGAGAGUAUCAGUGGUGCUGGAGGACUGCUGUAGAACACAAGGGCUGGAUAACAAGAACAACAGAGAUGGAGAACAGCCCAAACCCAGCAAGAAGCCUUACUCCUGCUCCAAGUGUGGCAAGACUUUCACUGAAUAUCGAAAAGCGCAGCAACACCAGUACCAUCACACCAGAAAGAACCUGCAUUCCUGCACCCAGUGUGACAAGAGAUUUACUUAUAUUCAAAAUCUGACAAAACAUCAGCUCAUUCACACAGGGGAAAAGCCAUACUCUUGUCCUCAGUGUGACAAGAGCUUCAACAGAAAGGACGGCCUGAAACGACACCAGCGCGUUCACAUAGAGGAAAGGCCAUUCCACUGCCUUCAGUGUGACAAGGAUUUUAAAGCGCAGAAACAUUUGGACAAACACCAGCUCAGUCACACAGAACAAAAGCGUUUCCCUUGCUCUCAGUGUGAAAGGAGUUUCGCCACCAAGAGUAGACUCAAGCAACACGAGCUCAUCCACACAGGAGAAAGACCCCACCAGUGCUCUCAGUGUGGCAAGAGUUUCUGCCAAGCGGGAGAUCUCAGACGACACCAGCUCAUUCACUCCGAGGAGAGGCCGUACCAAUGCAAUCAGUGUGACAAGGCAUUCAGAGACAAGGGACAUCUCAAUAUUCACCUACGCAUUCAUUCAGAAAACAAGUUUCUCUGCCCUCACUGUGGCCAGUUUUUCUGUCUAGAGGGACAGCUCCGCAGACACAUGCGCUCUCACACUGGAGAGAGGCCGUUCACCUGCACUCAGUGCAAUAAGAGCUUUAGACGAAAAGGUGCCCUCACGGUGCAUCAGUCCAUCCAUACAGGACAUAAGCCACAUCAGUGCGCCGAGUGUGGCAGGGGUUUUACUCAGCACGGAGAUCUCAAGCGACACCUGCGCACUCAUACCGAGGAGAAGCCUCACCUCUGCAUUCAGUGUGGCAAGAGCUUCAGGGAGGGAAGUCUCAAAGCGCACAUGCGACUACAUGCCGGCGAGAGGCCACACACCUGUGACGUGUGUGGCAAGAGCUUCACUCAGAUGGGAUGUCUCAAACGACACCAACGCACUCACACCGGAGAGAAGCCGUACCACUGCACUCAGUGUGACAAGAGUUUCACCACCGGUGGAGCUCUCAAAAUACACGAGCGCAGUCACACAGGGGAGAGGUGCUACACCUGCUCCAGGUGUGACAAGAGUUUCUUUCAGUUGGGCCAUCUGCAAACCCAUCAGAAAGUGCACACUGAGUGCCCUAUGUAACCCCCCCCCCCCCCCC